AUGGAUGGACAGGAGGUAGAAGAACAUUGGACUGGGGAUUCAUUUUCAUUCUCUAAUUUCAAUAAUAUUCCAUCCGAAAUUUUUAUUGAAAUAUGUAAAAAUAUCGCUCCAUUAGAUUUGAUAGUACUAAGUUCAGUAAGCCGAUCCUUUUGGCUUUGCCUUUCUUCACGCACUUCCAGUACGACUCAAAUUAUUUGGCGCAUCUCACGUGAGCAGUUUUUAUGCCAUCCUAAAUUACCGCCACCCGUAGACAUCUAUAAUGACUUCAAUGAAGCGUGGAAAAAGAUUCCAUUAAAAGCAAUUCGUGGACUUAGAUAUAUCAAGAUGUACAACAAGAUUCCUUAUACUGAAGAGUAUGAAUUACAUCGAUAUUAUUUGAUUGAAGACAUCAAAAUCCUUUAUGAUGAAUUCAUAGUUCUUGUCCUCCAAAAUAGAGACAAUGAUUUCAUAGCAUCAUGGGAAUUGGAUAAACAUAUGAAAGGUAGCACUUAUAUGAAAGAAAUAUGCAAGUAUUCAAAAGAACAAAUGUCAGUUCAAUCUACUAUUUUCCGUAGUAAUAUGAUCAAAUUAGGGAAGAUCUUGGAUUCUCUGAUGGAAGAAAGAUCUGUUGGUGACAAUCGCCCAAAAUAUGAGUUGGAUAUUUUAUAUGAUUGUCUUGAUGUAAAAAACGCGUUUUCAACAACUGAUCAACUGCUUUUGAAUGAGAGAGAAUUUGAAAAUAUGAGAACAUCUUUAGUCACCAUGUAUCCAGAAAUCAAGAAGAAGCGUAGUGAGAAAGGAGCGAAGGGAGCUAAAAAAAUUCAUGCAAAUCAGGAUGUAAUCAGCGAGAUUAUUGAAUAA